AUAUUCUUCGCUUCUGGUCACCGUAGUCAAAUCAAAAAUAUUUUUCAAACUACCAAGUGUCACCCAGUGUCACCCGCUGUUUUGACAGCUGCAAGGCGGCGAAAUAGCGGCUUGUUUUGUAGGUUAUUGGGAAGCGAAGCAGCCAAAUUAUUUGAAAUUCGCGAACAUUGUACAGAUUCGCAGCUUUUGUUUAAUGUUAUUAGUACGUUUGCAGAGAAAACAUUAAAAAAAAUAUAAUUAAAUAAUGACGAAUUUCAAUUUUGGAACAAUCGCACAGGAGUUGAAUGAUGUGCAGGAGGAGGGAUUAUCAUUUGAAGAUAAACAAUUGACAUGGGAUAACGCCGGUGAUGUCGCUGAUAUUGUAAAGGCUUUGGAAACUACAAAGGUCGUCCAUUAUCUUAAAUUGGGUGGCAAUACACUGGGCAUUGAUGCAGCUGCCGCAAUAGCCAAGGGGCUGGAGAAGCAUCCAGAAUUUCGUAAAGCCCUUUGGUAUAAUAUGUUUUCACGACGAUUGAAAACGGAAACGCCAUUGUCAUUGAAACACUUGGGAAAGGGUUUAAUGAUAGCUGGUGCUAAACUUACAGUAUUGGAUUUAAGUGAUAAUGCGCUCGGUCCAAAUGGCAUGGUUGGCCUUGAAGAGUUGUUACGUUCGCCUGUUGUAUACUCUUUACAAGAGUUGCGCUUAAACAAUUGUGGUCUGGGUAUUGGAGGCGGUCAGAUGCUUUCGAAAGCAAUAUUAGAUUGUCAUAAAAGCAGUGUGGCUGACGGCACACCAUUGCAAUUGAAAGUUUUCAUUGCCGGCCGUAAUCGUUUGGAGAACGAUGGUGCCAAAGCUAUAGCAAAAAUAUUCUCUACACUCAAGACGUUGGAAGAAAUAGCAAUGCCACAAAAUUCCAUAUAUCAUGCUGGCAUUGCUGCAUUGGCAGCCGGUUUCAAAGAGAACCCCAAUUUGCGCGUCCUGAAUUUAAAUGAUAACACCGUAACUGAAAAAGGUGCCGCUUCUCUGGCUGAGGCAUUUGCUUAUACGCCUAGUUUGCAGGACAUCAAUUUUGGUGAUUGUCUUUUAAAGACACACGGUGCAUAUCACUUUGCUGAGGCUUUAAGCGAAAAUCAUCUCCAAUUAGAAGUUGUAGACUUGGGCUUUAAUGAAAUCAGCGCUGACGGCGGUGUUGUACUUGCGGAGGCUUUACAAAAUAAGCCAAAUUUAAAGAGUCUUAACUUGGAUGGCAAUCAGUUUGGCUAUGAGGGGCGCGAGCGAAUUAAAGAGACUAUAGACGCCUCAGCAAAUCCAAAUGCUUUGGAGAGUUUAGAAGAGGAUCAAUCUGAGUGUGAGGAUGGUGAUGAAGAUGUCGGCGAUGAUGACGAUGACGAUGAAGAUGAUGAGGAUGACGAUGAUGAAACUACUGAAGAUGUGGAUGAAGAUGAUGACUAUCAAGAUGAAGAUGCUGAUGAGGAUGCUGAUGAAGCAUAUGUAACAUCUCAGGCCUUUACAACAAAUUUGUUCAACGCCAAUGAAUCUUUUAAUGCGGAUAAAAAUCUGCUCUUCGGUAAAACCACAUCAACAGAGAAGCCAAUUACAACAAAUACAACUAUCGAAACAUUUUGUCUGAGUCAAAAGCCAUGUACUAUAGAAGCAUUCGAGUCUUUGCAAGAAGAGGAUAAAUUAGCUGCUUUCAAAAGUAUUUUUGAGCAAUUCACGGAUGACAAUCGCUUGCUGUUACUAAUUUUUACCACAUUAAAAUGUGCACAUCUCUCAGAGUCAUCACCUGCUGCACUAGAAUUGGCUAAAGCACUUUACAAGGAGACCGUGGAUUACGCCGUGCAGACGAAACAGGAACGUCGCGUGCUAAACUACAUACUCAUGCAAUUGGGUUUGCUGCGAAGCGAAGAAAAAUUCACAAGCCCAUAUGAUUUGAAGAGCUGUCGUUAUGCGUUGCGUGAAACCCUUAAGACUAAUCCUCAACUUAGCAGCGAACAUAUGCGAAAUGCAUUUAAUGUUUUUCUACAACAAUUCGAUGGUUGAUUUAAUGUAUACUUGAAACUUUUAUUACGACUUAUAUCUUCUUUCAAAAAGCUUAUAAUUACUUCAGCCUUAAUGUAAUGCGGAAAUAAGUUAUUUGUUCAAAAACAAUGUGGCCAAUAAAAAUAAAUAUAGAAAA